AUGAAGUCGUCGCCGCCGCCAAAUCAUGGCAGACGAGCGAGAGCUCGGCGUGCUCGAACGGAACGGUUCAUCCGGUAUGCGUCACUCUUGCAGCUCGGCCUUCUUGGCAGUUCAGCUCUUUCUUUCCAGACCAAAGAGAAAAGAGGCACAUACAGACGAGCAGAUGGCGGCACUGUCCCGAGUGACCUUUAUUUUGCAAUGCAGCCUGAUAGACACUUCAGCUUAGCUCGGCGCGAAUGGAACUGCGAUGCUCGUGUACGGAAGCUGACUGUCGCUCUUGUUCGAUUUGACUAUUUUUCGUUUAGCGCUGGAGCACUCAAACACAAGCGAAUGAGGCUUGAGCAUGGGGAGCAGGGGCUGUCUGCAACAACAGGCCAGGACUGCGGACAGACCGGCGAGUUUGCAGUGUUCGGAAGCUGUGCCGACGAGCAGCAGCAGCAGCCUCGCUGCAGCCGGAAGCGAGGCAACGGAGGCGUCGUUGAGCUUGGCGCCUUCUCUUCCCUGAUCCCAUGUGAUCUCCCUCCUUGA